AACGAAACCAUAUUGUAUCAUUAUUAUUAGUAUAUAUGUAGUGUAGGAUUCUCUUGUUCUUGUAAUUAAGGUAUUAUUUCAAGUUUAUGUUUAAACAACUAAUUAAUUCCACUUGGUUCUAUUUUGUCUUUUGUUUCUUUCUUCUCCAAACCUCCCAACUACAAAAAUAUUCCCUCUUCCUCUGACGGAGCUGGCGAUGACAUCAAAAACACGCAACACGCUCCUUUUAUUGACUUCAAAACCCGCUUGCUUCAUACUUGUACCUCUCUACUCCUUUUUCUUUUGUGCAUUGAAUCUUGGUGGUGGUGGUGGAGGUGGUGGUGGUCAGCUUUCAUUCCUCAGACCUUAUGCCAUUCACGUGAUCUGAUCAAUGCUUUAGCUUUGCUCUCUCAUUUAUAUACCCACUCUCAGUACGUAUAGGUGAAAUCUUGGGGUUGAGGUUGCAGGCGAGGGUGGAAUUAGAGAGAGGAGCAACAACAUUGGUGGAGCUCUUGGCGGAGAGGAUGGACGGGGUUGGUCGCUCGCUGAGAAGGCCGAGUCUGAAGGAACGGCUGGGAUUGAAGGGUUUGGGUUGUUGUGGGGCGACGUGGGGCGUCGGCCCUACCACCAUAAGCGUGAGGGAUGGUGACGAAGAAGAUGGAGGUCCGCUGAGCCCACCAACCGAGGUUAUUAACGUGGCCCAGGAACCGAUUGAAAAUGCGCCAGCACCGCCGUGUGUGGUUGUGGUCCAAUCUCCGGUGCCCGCAGGGAUGAACUUGGCGGCGGCGUUGGCGGCUGAGAGACAGUUGAGGGCGGUGGUGGACUCGGACAACGGAGGAGCUAUUCUCACACCAAGGCCCAAUAGCAACGGCGAAAGAAGCCCGACUCCUGCGCCGGCAAUAACCGCACCGGGGACACCGUCGAGAGUGUCGUUGAUGAGAUUGCUAGAGGAAACGGACGGCUACGAUGGAGAGAUGAACAAGAAACAGGAAGAAGAUCAUAGGGAAGGGAGUGAUUCGGUGUGCUGCGUGUGCAUGGGAAGGAAGAAGGGUGCAGCAUUCAUACCAUGUGGGCACACUUUUUGCAGAGUGUGCUCUAGGGAGUUGUGGUUGAACCGAGGGUCUUGCCCCCUCUGCAACCGUCCAAUUCUUGAGAUUCUCGACAUAUACUGAGAUCAUCAACAAAGAAAUUAAAGACAACUGUUUCUGGAAACCUGCAGAGUUUAGUGAAAUUGAGACACUUUGUCAAAAAAGCUCCAACGAGCCCAUCAUUGUUCAGACGCUUCUCCACCCACACAAUAUGUAAUUUCUCAAACUUCCAUUACAUUCUCAAUUUUCUCAAUCAAACUAAAAAUUGAUCAAUCA